AUGGGUAAAGUGAUUUCCCGUUUACAAGACAUCUUUGGAGAAUUCAAUCUCACUCCUGCCAGAAUUCUUAUGGUUGGACUGGACUCUGCUGGAAAGACAACUAUAUUAUACAAAAUCAAGCUUGAUGAGGAUGACGUCCAGACGUUGCCUACAGUAGGGUUUAACGUGGAGACAGUGACGGUGUGCAAAAACGUCACGUUUACCGUUUGGGACGUCGGCGGCCAGGAGAAACUGAGGCGACUUUGGAGCAUGUACUUCAAAGGAUCACAUGGUAUCCUGUUCGUGGUAGACAGCUCGGACAAGGAACGUAUGCCGGCCGCGCGACAGGAGCUCAAGCGCAUGUGCAACUCUGAGGAAUUGAAGGGUAUUCCCCUGCUUGUGAUCGCCAAUAAACAAGACGUGAAAGGCGCCAUGAACACAUCUCAGAUCGCUGAUUGGUUGAGCUUGGGGAAAAUCAAGGACAGAUACUGGUGUGUCCAGGCCACGUGCGCGACUCGGGGCGAAGGUCUUCUGGAAGCUAUGACAACGAUGGCGACUUUGGUGAAGAAUUAUAAGAAAAACAGCAACAAGUGGAAGCGGUCGAAUUACAUUUGA